CGGAACUAAAUAGUUAACACCCGCCGCUUGCGCCGGACUCCUGUAGUUGAGAGCACUUCCGCCUCCUCGCCAGACUGAUGCUGGAAGAAAAAAAACUGCUUCAUUCCUGUGUUAAAUUGACCUGCUUUUCAAGACAUCUGUGAAGAACAUCUUCUCCCUGAGCAGCAAGAGUGGACCUCAAGGAUGGAGCAGGAUGAGCUCCAGCCCCCCUGCAUUAAAGCGGAAGAGGAGGAACCCCCACAAAUAAAAGAGGAAGAGGACAAGCCGUGGUACCCCCGUAUUAAAGGGGAAGAAGAGGAGUCAACUCAACCCCAUAUUAAAGAUGAGGAAGAACCACAGUAUCCCCACAUUAAAGAGGAACAUGAGUCACUGCCCUCCCUCACAUUACAGAGGAAGAGGAGUCAUAGCUCCCCUCACAUUAAAGAAGAAGAGGAGGAACACAGCAUCAGUCAAGAGGAAGAGCAUCUUGAAUUGUUGGAGGAGUUCCCAGUGAUUGGUGUCCCUGUGAAGAGUGAAGAUGAUGAGGUCGAAGGUGAAAGUGAGGAGCAGAGAGAGGCGGAGCCUCCAAGCAGCAGCUCAACUCAACACAUGACAACAGAAGCUGAUGGAGACCACUGUGGAGGAUCACAAGCAGACAAGCUCUUAGCUCCACUAUCAGAUAGUGAGGACACAACGUCACACUCUCCUGACACUGAUGAUGAAGACUCUAAAGAUGAUAAGACAUGUCACACUGACAACACACACUCCACAUGUUCUCACUGCGACAAAACCUUUAGAUAUCCUUGUUAUCUGAAAAUACACAUGAGAAUACACACCGGAGAUAAACCUUUUAUUUGCACAGAAUGUGGCAGAGGUUUUGUAAAUAAAUAUGUGCUGAAAGGACACAUGCGACUGCACACUGGCGAAAAACCUUUUUCUUGUUCAAUCUGCGGUAAAGGUUUCACUCAAAAGCCACAUUUAAAUACACACAUGAGUACGCACACUGGAGAAAAACCUUUUAUCUGCUCAGAAUGUGGCAAAGGUUUUGUAAAUAAAAGUGUGCUGAAAGGACACAUGAGAAUGCACACUGGCGAAAAACCUUUUUGUUGUUCAAUCUGCGGUAAAGGUUUUACUCAAAGGCAAUAUUUGAAAACGCACAUGAGUACACACACUGGAGAUAAACCUUCUUCCUGCUCAGUAUGUGGCAAAAGUUUUACACGAACUAGUAGUUUGAAAAUACACAUUAGAGUGCACACCGGAGAAAAACCUUUUAUUUGUUCGAUCUGCGGUGAGGGUUUUGCACAAACUAGCGUUUUGAAGAUACACUUGAGAAUGCACACUGGAGAAAAACCUUACCUUUGUUCAAUCUGCGGUAAGCGUUUUACACGAACUAACGUUUUGAAAUAUCACAUGAGAACGCACACUGGAGUAAAGCCCUUUUCUUGUUCAAUCUGCGUUAAAGGUUUUACACGACCGAGCGAUUUGCAAAGACACAUGAGAACUCACACUGGUGAAAAACCAUAUCCCUGUGUAAAAUGCAACAAAAAGUUUAGUGUUAAAAGAAACCUUGUAAAACACAUGAUCAUACACACUAGAGAAAAGAGUGGAGUUGCAGUGUGUGUCAUUUAAGAUUCUCUUUUAUGUACCGAUGUAAAUAAACGUGUGUGUUGGUGAGAACAGCAGCACCAAGUGAAGCUGCAAGAUUUCAAAUAAACUGUCAAAACUUUGACGUCCUAACAUUAUCAGCACAUAUAACAUGUGUGACAUCAUUGUUGUGUGUGUAAGACAAUCUUAUUAAUAUUAUUAUAACAUUCAGAGAUCAGGGGCCGUACUUAUCAAGCUUCUUAGAGUGCCAUUUUACACUUAAGUCCUGAGAAUUUGCGAAAUUUAGUCCUACUCUCAAACUUAAGAAUAAAAGCUUUUUAUCAACGUUCUUAAGUCUAAGAAUCACUCCUACUCUCCACGAUAUUUAAGAGACCUCCAGAGGUGUCUUAAGUGGUUAGGAGUUGCCAGCAGGGGAUGGCACUGAGGCGAGAGAGACGUGCGCGAACGUUCAGGGAACGGAACAAUGUUUUUUUUUUUUUGAUGACGAGCAGCUGAUCAAACGGUAUCGUUUAGACAGAGCGGAUAUUAUUUUUGUCACAGAUUUAAUACUUUUCGAUUCCUUGUUGAUUUCUGCAUGUGUCUGCAGUGGGCUAGUAUAUAUAGAGCCACCCACACCAGUUUCAAAUUAGUUGCCUAAUUAAUGAAUUGGAAAGAAAAUGUUAUGACAGUAGCGUAUGUGUGUGGCCGUGAGGUGAGUGACGUCAGUGAGUGUGUGGGCGAUAGAAGAGAGGGAGCGGUAGCGUGAGUGCCGGCGGGGACUAGUUUGUUUUGUAUUAUUUUGUAGUUUAUUGUCAAAAUAUACACUCCCAUUGUCCACUUAAAUAUUUCCAAGAUAUUUCUUUAUUCUUAGACAACGGAUUCCCUUCCGUGAUUAGUCAUUUCUAUGGACACAGAAAUGACGUCACCUAAAAUUCCGUUUACGGCACAUAGUAAUGUCGUAAUUCAGCUCUGAGUGUGACACUUAAGAUUCAGUCCUACACUUCGCUGAAAGUGUGAGUAAGACGCUUGAUAACUAACUUUUAAGUGCAGCUUUCAGCGAAGAAUUUAUUUACUCUUAAGUCAACUCUUAGCAGACUUCUUCGGAGUAAUUCUAAGAAGCUUGAUAAGUACGGCCCCAGAUCUUUUGUAUUAGUGUUUUCUUUACAGUCAAGUCCAUUCAUUAACAACAUUGUGUAUUCUUUAUUUAAAACAAUAACAAAACAGUUUGAUUACAAAUGUGAGAGUUAACAGUACAAAACAUGUUACAUACAUUUUUUUUGUAUGUAAAUAUUCAUAAUUCACCUUUAUACUUUUUUAUGUUGGUUUUUGAAAUAAUGAAGUGUUACUUGUUUUAAUUUCUACUUGUAAAUGGUUCCAUAGAUGAACUCCAUUAAAUGAUAGAUAUAUUUGUUUUACGUUUGUUCAUACCCUUGCUUUUGAGUACACAUUAACCCCCCUUAGUUCAUAUUUACUGGUUCACAUCUGAAACAUCUUCUGGAAGCAUAUUAUUUACUUUGUGCAUCAUUAAAAAAUGUCUGUCAAAAAAAAAAAAUUGCUAAAUGGGAACAAAUAAAUUCAGGAUAUCUACAUUAUGGUAUAAAUGACAUUCUUGCUAAGAUACGUCACCAAAAAAGUUCAUAUUUACUGGUUCACAUCUAAAACAUCUUCUGGACCACUUCUGGAAGCAUAUUAUUAUUUACUUAGUACAUAUUUGUGCAGUUGUGUUUUAUACAAGAGCAUUUACUUUUAAAAUGUGUGACUUUAUAAUUGAUUUGUUGGGUCUCAAUAGUCCAUUCUAUUAAUCAUCUUUAUUACUGUCUUUUUUAAUAUGAUUAUUGUUGUAUAUGAAUGUCCCCAGACCUUUAUGCAAUAUGUAAAUGAAAUAAGAUGGCAGAAUUCUGUCUGGAAGGUUAUGAAUAAUGGUUUUGUUUUUCAGAAUCUACAUGUGUGAAUAAAAAUGUACCUGUAACAAUUAUUGUGUUUAAAACAUUUUCAUAUUUUUUUCCCCUUUCUUAGAAUCCCCCAAAACUAUAUCAAUUUUGGAAAACAUGGACACGUUUGGAAUG